UGCUGUGAGUAGUAAAACUCGCGCUCACGCCUCACAGUGCGAGGUCCUCUAGCUGUGUGGAAAAUGCUAGUGGUAAGCUGCUCCCGGCCACGGCUCCUGCUAGCUGCUCUGCUGUGUCUGUGUAGUUGGAUGACACUGACAGUGGAAGGACUGACUAUAACUGUGAAUAAUGGUCAAAUAUCCGUUUCUAAUGACAGCAUGACGAGGAUCAGUGUGUAUGACUUUGAGUUUGUGAAUUCAAAUAGUGAUUUCAGUAGAGCUAUGAGGUGUCAGUCUGAACGGUCUGUCUCUGAAGUCAGUCUUACUUAUGUAUGUCAUGUUGGUGAUGGAGAUACUCCAAUCCCUUGUGUUUGGCCAGAACCAGAGUACAUAGGGUUUACUAGUUUAUCAAGUUGUUGUGUAACUCGAGGAUGGAGUGGAAGGAGAGUAGUCGAAGGUGGUUAUAGAGUACACUACUUGUGGAGAAGGAGGGAAACUCCACAGGAAGGGUAUAUCAACUGUCAUAUGAUUAAUGACACUAACCCUGUAUUAGGACUGUACGUCCUCUACCCCAUCACUGAGGUAACUGCAGCUAUUGAGGUGGAGGCAGGAACAUUGACAUUCAGAGUGAGGUGUAACUCCACUGGUGGUAGAGCUCUCAACAUGGCCGUCUCUGGACCUAAUGGAUACAACUCUGACAUCAGUACCAACAUACAGCCAAUUGGUACUCCAGAGUUUCUGAGUAAUGACAGGUACACUGCCAGGACAGAAGUCAUAUCCAGUGGCAUGGUUGGAGAUGUAUUCCAGUGCAAUGUCACUAACUUUGCAUCACACUUUAGCAGUGUGACUUUGAGAGCUGCUGCUUCAACCAUCACUGGACUAAUGCAAACUGCUCUUACCACUGUCGUGGUGAUGUGGACCCCACCACCAGAAGCCGCGGUGAAUGGAUACACAGUUCGCUACCGUCUUGCCAGUGGUAAUGGCGGUGAUGGGACUAUGACUGUUAGUCAAGGCUCCACCAGUACUCCAAUCAAUGAUCUCACUAACGGAGAGACAUACACCUUUUCAAUUGCGGCUAUUGCCAGCAACAUGCUACCUGGAGUAUCGGAGGAGAUGAAUAUUACACUGGCAUCUCCUGACACUCCUGAAGGUGUGUUGACUGCUGCAGAAUCAUCCGCAGUCACUGUGUCCUGGGGGGGAGUGGAUGAUGUUGACAGAUAUACUGUCACAUUCUCCAUGGCUCAGGGAACCAAUCAGCAGGGACUAUGUUCUACUGACUCUCAUACUGCCACUCUGACAGUGGAUGUUCCCUCCACUACUGUCAGUAUUGCUGUAGGAGGAGAUGUGGGGUCAACAGUGACUGAUAGUUGAGAGCCUACACCACAUAUGAGGUGACUGUGGAGGCAGUCAGUGAUGUUCGAGGUACCAGUCGACCCAGUGAGACCAGGAGAGUUCUAACACCACAGACAAGUGCAAGAGAGGCUCCUGGGGAUGUGAGAGCAGAGGCUGAGAGCUCCACUGAGAUCUCUGUCCAGUGGAGUGGCCUCUCCAACUGUAGACUGGUCAAUGGUCAAAUCACUCAGUACAGAGUUCAAUAUGAGACUUAUUCCACGACUGAGACUAGAGACUAUACUCUGGGAGAUGGUGAAGACUGGAGGAGUGGAGGACGAGUUACUCUGACUGGACUGACUCGCUCCACAAACUACUCCAUAUCAGUAGGUGCUGUGAAUGAGAAUGGAGAUGUUGGACUCUACUCUGACCCUGUGACAACAAUGACACACCAAUGUAAAGUGUGUAGUUGUGAAUCUGCUGGUAGGCCUACUUGGUGUAGCAGUGGGUGUCUCUGGACUCAUCGGUGGAGCAGUUAUUGUCAAAAGACACAGACCAGCUGAGGUCAAGGGAGAUAUGGCUACAGGGGCCAGCCCAGCGUAUGGUAUGAGUGGUCCUCAUGGGAAACCAGCAGAGACUGAAGGAGAGUAUGAGAAUCCUCAGUACACCCAGCCACCAUCUGGGUCUGAGGGGGUUUAUUAGGGUGUGAAUUGACGUAACCCCUACCUACAGCUAUUUUGUCUUGUACUUGUUAGUCAUGUAGUGACAUUUGUUUUUGACUGCUACAAGUGGCUAAAGAUUGCAGUUAUAU